AUGGUAAACGAAAAUAUUAUACCUAAAACCGAAAUGGUUUAUGAAUUAAAAAACGAAAUUCCUAGUUUUGAGGAAUUUAUGAAAACUUAUCAAUCUAACGAAGCAAGUGAAUUUCUUACCGAAGUUGAAUAUCAAGACCAAGCAUUAAAUGGUCCGCGAUAUGGUCCAGGGAAUAGUCAAUCAGCAGAAACAGUAACUAAAAAAGUUCUCUCUGUUGGAUUAGCGGUUAGUUAUUUUACUCCACUUAGUGCAGUGACAAUUCCGCUGUCGGUUGGUGCAGGAGUUGCCAGUGCCAGCAUGAUGACUUAUGGAGUAAUUGCUGAUGAUAAGGAAGUAGGAAAAGUUGGGGCUCAUAUGGCAGAAGUAUUAGUUGAUUCUGCGACUGGGGACUUUCAUGAUCAAGGAAAAAUUGUUGUUUAUGCUCUUUGUCGAGUAUAUUGGAAAAAAAUAAGGAAGUUACUAGGUUAUGAUGAUAGUUGGUGGGAUAAACUCUCUAAAAAAGAAAAACACAAUUGA